AUGCUUUUCCGUGUGCACUUGGACCGAUGGGUCCUCUUUUUGUUACUGGCGUCCUUGCGCCCUGAGGUAGCAGUCUCCAGGGACUUCUAUGAGACUGACUCUACUGCGAGCUGUGUGGACUUGCUGCAAGUUGGCCUGCAGAUGCGGGGGCAGCUAGGGCUGGCUGACGCCAAGGCUGGUGACCUUUUUGUCCAGGAGCUCGCGAACCAGGAUGAUGCAUCCUAUACAGGCACAAUUUCGAUUGGCGGCCAGCAGCUACAGGCAAUUCUCGACACGGGCUCCUUCGAGCUGGUUGUCUUUUCCACGGGUUGCCGCGGCUGCGGAGCCGCUGGGAAGACUGGCUUCAAUGAAUCGUUGAGCAGGACGUUCAAGAAUGGCAACCUCAUGCAGCAGCUUAGCUAUGGCAGUGGAGACACGCUCUGCACCGAUGCCACAGAUGUGCUGACCAUAGGGCCGCUCUCGGUGCCAAAGCAGCCUUUGUGGCUUGUGCGGGAGGCAGACAUGGCAAUCCUGGGCGAAGCUGACUUCCAAGCAAUUCUAGGCUUGGGUCCACCAGCUGCUGUAAAGCAGCAAGCCAAGAUGGACCGAGAGCAGCUGCAGAAGAUGGAGGACAAGCUGAAGGGCUGGGGUGCCAUUGUGCCAGCGCGUCUGAAGAGUCGCAUCGAGGCCAAGAUGCGUGCGGACACCGUCCUGGAGAACCUUGAUGACAGUGUGCCGGCAAACCUCCAGAUGCGGUAUAUGUCGGUCUGUUUCGGCGCAGAGACAGGCUCCAAGGGCUACCUGGUCUGGAAUGACAAGGCCCCAACAUCACGACCCGAGCCUUUCCGAAGGCUGUCUGUUGUGGGUGCCGUGACUUGGGGCCUCAGCCUGAAGAACGUCCGGCUGGUGCAACGGGACGGUUCUUCCCAUACGGUGGGUUGUCCGCAGGGCUGUGGAGCCAUUUUGGACACGGGCACCUCCCUGGUCUCGGGCCCAACCACGACUAUCAGCGCCAUCGGCAAGCUAUUGGAGGGUAUGGGCGCAAAUUGUGCGCAACAGGAGACACUCCCCUACCUGGAGUUUGAGCUGGGUGGUGAGACCAUCACUCUACCGCCAGAUGCCUACAUUGGAUUUGUAACAGGCAUAAUGCCUGCACCCUGGCGCCUGCUGUUCAAGCAGAAGCCGUUCAUAAAGGUGCAGCAGUGCGAGCUGCUGAUGAUGGAUACUGGUGAAUCAAAAACUGAUGCUGGAGACCUUUGGAUUAUGGGCUUGCCAUUCUUUCGAAAGUACUACACCACCUUCGACUUCGGUGAGCCGUCUGCUGGGCAUAUUGAGGAUAUCUGGAUCAGGGAGGCGGAUCCCGACUGUAAUCCUGCCGCAGAGAAUUCCUCGGUAUUCAACAGCAUCGCCGCCAAGAAUUACUCCAAGUUCCAUCACGUCAACGUGUCGCUUCGGCAAAUUGACCAAAGCAAGCUGAGGCUUCCUGCGUGGAUGGCCAAUCGGACUGCCACACCACUUAGCCUCUGA